AUGGCGUCCUUCUGGGGGCUGAUUACCCUCCUUCUGCUGUCCUGCCGCGUGCAGGCAGCUGCUGUCUUUGCCCACUUCAUGAACUACACGUCCGACACUUGGGAGACCGACAUCAAAUUGGCCCAGGAUGCGCACAUUGACGCUUUCGCGUUGAACAUGGCCUACGAUGACGCAACAAAUUCACUAGCCCUCCUCCUUGCCUUUGAUGCCGCUGACGACCUCGGUUUCAAACUUUUCUUCUCAUUCGACUACGCAGGCAACGGAGCCUGGCCCAUGGACGACGUGAUAAAUCUUAUCACUGAGUACAGCACACGCUCUUCGUACUACUUUUACAAUGGUCAGGCCUUUGUCUCUACAUUCGAGGGUCCCGACAGCGCUGAUGAUUGGACCACGAUCAAGGCUUCGACGGACUGUUUCUUCAUCCCGGACUGGUCCUCACUCGGGGCCAAGGCUGCCGUCGCCAAGGGGGUGGUGGACGGGCUUCUGAGCUGGGCCGCCUGGCCCUGGGGCCCCCAGUAUAUGGAUACCUAUACAGAUGCCUCAUAUGUCCAGUACCUUGACGGCCUGCCUUACAUGAUGCCUGUGUCGCCAUGGUUCUUUACCAACCUACCGGGCUACGAUAAGAAUUGGAUGUGGCGCGGAGAUGAUCUCUGGCACGACCGCUGGCAGGAGGUAUUGUUCGUACAGCCCGAGUUUGUCGAGAUCUUGACGUGGAACGACUACGGCGAGUCGCACUACAUCGGCCCUCUUUAUGGUAAUGCCAUGGCUGCGUUCUCAAUUGGGGAGGGGCCGUAUAACUAUGCGACGGAUAUGCCGCACGAUGGAUGGAGAGCUACUUUGCCCUUCUGGAUUGACAUGUAUAAAGAAGGCACGGCGGAAGUGACGGAGGAGACGAUUAUCGCCUGGUACCGGUUGAGCCCGGGGACGGCGUGUGCCAGCGGAGGAACCAGUGGCAACACCGCCUCGCAGCUGCAGAUUGAAUUCCCGCCGGACGAAAUUGCGCAGGACAAGGUGUUUUACUCGGCGAUUCUCGGGUCUUUCUCCGGGGUGGUGGUUUCCAUUGGCGGUGAUGCGGAGACCGUUGCUUGGAGCUCGGUACCGGACGACGAUAUCGGUGUUUACCACGGCAGCAUUGACCUCGCUGGCCGUACAGGGGCCGUGACCGUCUCGCUGAUGCGGGACAAUGUGAUUAUCGCCACUAUCGAAGGUGAGGACAUCUCGUCGACUUGUACCGACGGCAUCACGAACUGGAACGCUUGGGUGGGCAGCGCAACCGCCGGCGCGGUGUCAGCCAGACCAGACCUGUCUCUCUCCGAGCAGAUUUGCAUGAACGGAACCGGUGCCAACAAUUUCGAAGGGCUAUGCGAGUUCGCCUGUACUUAUGGGUACUGCCCUCUGGGGGCUUGCACAUGCACUCAGAUGGGGGUCGGCUAUGAGAAGCCCAAUGCAACCGGGGUGAUGGGCUACCCUAUUUCAGGCGAGGACGCCAGCUAUAGUGGUCUAUGCACUUUCGACUGUAACCUGGGCUUCUGCCCCCCAACAGCCUGUGGGACGGUUGAGGUGCCGCUAUCAACUCCAACCGUCUCUGAUUUCUCCCCGCCGGCCUGUAUCUCGGGAACCGGCGACGGCAACCUAGCAGGGCUUUGCGAUUUCGGCUGUGCCCAUGGCUUCUGUCCUAUAAAUGCUUGUACUUGCACUGGGGAGGGUGCGUUGAACGUCAUGGACCCAACCAGCGAUGUUGUGGGUGUCGCGGCUGCUGGACUUGACGCUACUGUCUAUGGUCCAUUAUGUGCUUAUGCUUGGUCUGGCUCUGGCGAUGUGUACAUUUCGCCUUCUAUCUGGACCGAGCCUGACCCCGUGGUGCAAUGUGAGCCUCCAUGCUCCCUGAUCAUGCCUCCGCUGCCGCUAGACACUCCAUCUACCAUCUCGAUCACACCUUGGGAGACACCCAUCACCCAGAGCAUCUUGACCACA